AUGGCAAUUCUCUUGAUGAAGAUUGAGGCGAGGCGGCUCAAAACGCCUCCACGAUGGACAGCGGAGAUCGCACCAUCGCUCUUGCGCAUCAAUCUGAGACCGUCGAGAUGUCCAGAGCUAGAACCUAUUAGAGAAGACAGAGUGGAGGAGUAUGACGACGAGUGUCAUGUUAAGAGUUUCAUCGGCCAAAAGGAAUCAAGGGCAAUGAUACAGGCAGAAACACUUCUUAGUGGCUUCACUGGAGCACCUACCGGCCCCAGUCCCUCUCUUCUGCGUGCACAUAGCGUCACACUCUGCCUGAACACAACCGUCUGGUUUUAG